CCUUGUAGCAGCGAAGGCAGCGGCGGCGGCGGGGACGGCGGCGGCAGCAGCAGCAGCAGGAGCGUGUCUCUGUCUCUGGUCCCUGCGCUCCGCGCCUUCUGCAGCUAUCACUGCGGCCAAGGCGGGGGCUCCUUCUCUGCAGCCAAUUGGCCUUUCCAGCACGGUGUCGGGGAAAGGAAACUGGGCACUUGGAGACAAGAUCAAGCAGGAACGGAAACAGUCUCCCUGGGGCCACUAGCUCUGGCUAGCUUGCUUACUGGCAUUUGUUCCCUCAGUCUUUGGCUGGAGCACUCACUCCCUCCAGCGCCAGGGAGCAGUUGGGGUGGCGUGGGCUCUUGUCCUCGUCUUGGCUGGUGGGAACUGUGUGUCCAACAGAGGAAGCCCGGUGGGCCUGACCCCUCGUAGCCCAGCGCCGAUGAGUGCCAGGGCGCCUAAAGAGCUGAGGCUGGCACUGCCACCUUGUCUCCUCAACCGGACCUUUGCUUCCCAUAAUGCCAGUGGAGGCAGCAACGCAGGUGUCCGCAGCUCGGGCGCAGGUGGUGGCACCUGCAUCACGCAGGUGGGACAGCAGCUCUUCCAGUCUUUCUCGUCCACGCUGGUGCUGAUUGUCCUGGUCACUCUCAUCUUCUGCCUCAUCGUGCUGUCACUCUCCACUUUCCACAUCCACAAGCGUAGGAUGAAGAAGCGGAAGAUGCAGAGGGCUCAGGAGGAAUAUGAGAGAGAUCAUUGUAGCGGCAGCCACGGUGGUGGUGGGCUGCCCCGGGCAGGUGUUCAAGUCCCAACCCAUGGAAAGGAAACCCGACUGGAGAGACAGCCCCGGGACUCCGCCUUCAGCACCCCCUCCAAUGCCACUUCUCCCUCCUCUUCAUCCCCUGGUCUCCUGUGCCAGGGUCCCUGUGCUCCUCCACCUCCACCGCCAGCCUCCAGUCCACACGGAGCACAUGCAGCUUCCUCCUGCUUGGACACAGCUGGCGAGGGCCUUUUGCAAACUGUGGUACUGUCCUGAUUGUGUAGCCCUCUCCUGACCCCUUCCUCAUUUCCAGCAUCUUUACCAUCCUCGCUUUUGUUCCUCCUUUCUUCCUUUUCCGUUCUCCUCUGGCCCCUCUUUCCUCUGCCCUCCUUCCUUACCUGCUCACCCUUUUACUGUUUCUCCUCCGCCGAGGCACUGUGCGGUAUUUGUAAAUAUUGGGCGAGGAAAGUCUCAGAGGAAGAAAUAACGCCGAUAAUACUUUAUUGAUAUUUAUAGUAAUUAUUAUACUAUUAAUAACACAGUCCAAGCGCAUGACAAAUCACAUAAUUUCUCAUUGUCAAUGAUGGCUGCAUCUUCCCUCUGCACCCGUGCCCCCUCUCAGUAAGGAGAAACCGCACAAGCUACCAAAUAUAUAAAAGACAAUGCCACAGGAGCAAAGGGAGGGGAGGGGGCCGGUGAUGUAUAUAGCUGUCAAGUGAAGGUUUAGUAGGCUUUCUGCCCCUCCCCCCAUGGGCUUUCACUUUUCCUUUAGCUUCUCUCCCCUUCCCUUUCCUCACCUUCAGCCGGGCUCAGGCUUUAGUAUAUUAUAAAGGAAACAUCACAUUAAGCACUAGAGACCACAUAGAAUGUCCCAGAAAAACGUUUAGGACAGGUAACCCCUCUCUAGUCAGUCAUCUCUUCACUUUUGGUCCCCCUGGGCAGAGUUUUCGAGUUUACUUUUAGAAAUAUCUCUCGCUGGCCGAGCACAAAACAAAACAAAACAAAAA